AUGAGCCAAAAAGAGAAUGCGACCGCGAAGUUGCAAGUGCGAGCGCCAUCAAGGCCGCCAAAUGGGCUCUUCCUGCAAGAUGGACCCAACCUGGGAGUGCCCAAGAAGAUCCUCGCCCUGGCCUUCGUCGAGGCUCGCAAAGUAUUCAUGGAGAACUUCGAAAAUGAAGACAGGAAAUCUCAGGCAACGGCACUAAAGGCCACCAGAGUCCUCUUGCUGUUCGAAACCGAUCACCUCACAGCUGCAAAUUUCCGCAAACGCAGACUCUUAGCACUCAAAACCGACACCACUCCAGCAGCCCAACUCGCCUAUCGCAAAGCUUUGCAGUAUGAAUUUUGUUUCCUGGACAGCAUUCUCACGUCUCCACUUCACCGCCAGUCAAAGUCGCCGACUCUCUGGCAUCAUCGCUCGUGGCUGUUCGAUCUGUUCCGCCCCAGCAUAUUAGAGCUUGUGCCUGAGAACAUCAGAGCAGACUUCUGGCGUACGGAGCUCAAGUCGAUUUGCAAGUCAGGCGAACGGCAUCCACACAACUACUAUGCCUGGCAAUACGUCCGAAGACUCGAAGAGCGGGUAGACGGCAUGGAAGCCACUAUCGAGUUCACAGAGACUGUCAAAACAUGGUGUUGUAAGCAUCCCGGCGACACAUCAGGCUGGUCCUGCCUACUUUACCUUCUCCCGAAAGUUGAGCCACUGGCCAAACGAACGACUAUGGUGCGGGAAAUUCUCAGCUACGCGCUGAGGUUGCAAUUCGAACACGAGUCUCUUUGGGUAUUCAUACGCACGAUUGUCGCACAUGAGACGUUGCAAGAGAAUCGGGCUGAGCUGUUUACAUCGCUUAUGGAGUAUGAGAAGGAAAUCAAGGACGGGUCUCCGGUGUUAGUAGAACGCGUGCAGCGUACCUUAGACUGGAUCAGGCAACAUGGCGACAUGGACCACGUAAGAAAUGCUUCCGUGACUUGAAUCGAGGAGUAGUAGUAAGAGGCUGGAAGUAGGAGUAAAGAUUAGGGUUUCGGGGCAAUGAAAUUAAGAAAAUUAAGAUGUUUCUUUCCCCCGCGAAAGCGGGGUUUUCUUUUGC